CAGCACCGCAGUCCAGUUGCGUGGCCGUUGCCCGAGUGCGCUCCCCUGAGGCCUAGCGAGCCCGAGCCCUGACCUGACUGUGGCACUGCUCGUGCCAGCCUGCGAGUGCCAGACUGCGCUGCGGACUGGGGUCUUUUAUGGCUCAGGUUCAAGUUCUGCAGGCUCCGACUCCGUCCUCCUCCAUCAUCCGUUCUUGGGUCUCGCCGCAGCCAAAGCGCCAGAUUACCAGCCCAGCGUCCACGUCGGUUUCAAGUUCAACUUUCUAACUCCCAACCACUGCAUCCAUCUUUCAUCCCAUUCCAUAUCAUCAUCAAACUCUAUCACCAGUGAAUCAACCUCUCUCUCUAUCAAGACUAUCACGAUACACCAUCAUUCCCGGCGCGUCUCUCCCAUUUCCGGUGUAUCCUAUUGUCGUCGCUUGACAACCGACACCUCUCCCGCAUCCAUCCUCCUCCUUACCUUCUACCAUGGCCGAACGCGAUCAACCAUAUGACCCUUACAUCCCCUCUGGGGGCCAAGGCGGUGCAGCGCCGGGAGGCAAUCAGAGAACAGCUGCUCUGCAAGCGCAAAUCGAUGACACAGUUGGUGUCAUGCGAGAAAAUAUCAACAAGGUGUCCCAACGAGGCGAGCGACUAGACUCACUACAAGACAAGACCGAUAACCUCGCCGUCUCCGCCCAGGGAUUCCGAAGGGGGGCAAACAGAGUCCGCAAACAGAUGUGGUGGAAGGACAUGAAGAUGCGAAUGUGUAUCAUUGCGGGCAUCAUCAUCCUUCUUGUUGUCAUUAUCGUUCCAGCCGUGGUCGUUUCCAAAUAAGCUGGUGCAGGACUUGGUACACUCAAACAACCUCCCGAAUGCUCCUCACGACCUGAUUAUCGAAUUUGUCUUUUUGGGCUAGCGUUUGUACAACUUGGAGCGAGCAAAACGAGUUCUAUCCGGGCCUGAAGUUGGGGGUUCUGCAGGUGCUUAUUGUUUGCCUGCGCGCGGACCUAAGAACAGCAGUUCCUCCCCGGAGCAGAACUGGAAGAAACGUUGGCGGAAUGAGAGCCCUCGGAUGGUAUGCUCAGGGGCGUCUAGUGGUGGAUGGACAAAGGGCAUACUUGUGACAAUAAUACCUAUGGGGUUUGAUACAACGGCGCAUUUCCAACCACGAUUCUACCAUCCACCGCUUCAGGAUCCAUAGUAGCUUCUUUCCUUUCAACGUGUGACUCCAACGAGGAUAUACUUCUACUGCCAGUGGAGCGCGCAAAGUGCCGGUACUGUACUUGGACUGGUGCAGGCUACAUACAUGUAGCAACACGAAUGAUAUUCUCCAUGCUG